AAUCGAUCGAUAUUACGACAUCCCUACUCGUAUAGCUUGUUUCCACCUUAACAGUGCGGUGAACUUGUGAGCUGCGCCGCUGCUCACGAUGUAAAAUACCCUGGUGAUCACGUUUUUCUAUGUGUUAGUGCGGUUGUCAUUUUAUUUUGGAAUAACAGAGAGACGUGAAGAAGAAAAAACAUAAACAAAUGACGUUCCGGGAGUUGCUUUUAUGAAAAUAUUUAGAGUUGGUUCUGUUUGCGAAAAUAUUGACAGCGAAAUGCGGUGUUUUGUUCCCGGAUGUUUCAAUCGUUUUCAUCACCUGCAUUUGAAAUGCCACCCACAGCACAAUCACUGCAUUAUCUAUAAUAACUGUAAUAGAUACCACAGUGCGAUCCGCCAAAUCCUUCCUCCAACGCAGGGGUUCCCAAAGUGGUCGAUAUAGACCCCUUGGGGUCGAUAUCCUUUUUGCGGGGGUCGACGUAAACGAAAACUGGCUAUGGGGGUCGACGUAAACGAAAACUGACUAUGGGGGUCGAGAUCUUGAAAUCGACCCCCUAUUGCUUGAUAUAAGUUGUUAUUUGAAAUAUUUACGCUAAAAAAGUUGUGUUCAUUUCACCAUCCACAGAAAUAGGUAAGUAUUUACAUCAAUAUUAAAAGAGCAAGAAAUUGAAUUUUCAAAGGAAUUUAUUGAUGGAGGUCUGAGUAAAGUUUAGUAAAGGGGUCCAUGACCCAAAAUAGUUUGGGAACCCCUGCUCCAACGAAAUGAACAGAAUCGAAUGUGUGUAAAAUUUUCUAUAUUUCGACGUUACCUUGCAAGCCCUUUAAGAAAAAAUGUUCCGAUAUUCAAUUAGUGCCAAAGAUUCGCCAGGCUGCGCGACAAUUGGAGUAACUUAGAAGUUAAAUCCCGAUCUGAAAUGGUCGUUUGUUUAUGUUUACAUGCUUGAAUCCCGGCGCGCCAUACUUAAUUUCGUGAGAAAAUUACCAACACAACCAAAACUGUCUUAUCACGCCACCAGUGUAUUUUACGUCGUGGCCGCUGCUGCGGUUCUUUGAAAAAGAGCUGUGAGCAGUCAAGUCACCUCAAUUUAUAGAUUCGAUUCACUGGAACAGCUCAGGAGCGAAUUACCUAUCUCUAGUUUGUCGGUUUUGUUCUUUCCAAAAAAAAAAACAAGUGAUUCAAUUUUCUUUAGCGGUCAGCAAAUAUUUUUAAAUUACCUUUCAAAAUGCGAAAAAACAUGAUCACAACUCUAGAUAUCAAUUUAAAUAUAGAUGUGAAUACAGUUGAAACAUGUUCUCGCAUGGUUCAAACAGUAAUCAAGGUGUUGUUAUUUCAACGUUGUCAAAUCCCGUUCUGCUUCGAAGUGUUUCAAAGUAUUGUGAAAAAAAUUCCAAGCUCUCCAGUUGAAAGUCCAGAUGAAAAUCCCGCAUAUAACAACUUUCAGAUCAGAAGACAAUGUAAUGCUGCUUCCAAAUUGCUUGAAUCUAUAAGUCAUUUAUUUGAAGAACUAUCAGUUGCAAUUAAGGAAAGCCAACAAACUUUACAGUUUAUGGUUUUGUUUGGAACUACAGUGUACACCGCGAAAGAAGCGUUCCUUAUAAAUGUUCCGAAGAUCAAUCGUAAUCAUCACCGAAAUUCUUCGGAAGCCGCUUUAAAACAGCUUGCCAUGAAGCUUACCCUAGCGGAUGAAAUUCAGCUGAAGCCGAAAGUAAAAGGAACCACCAACACAUUCUUAUUAAUUGGUAUGAACUCGUCGGAGUCAUUUAAAAAUUCUACAUUGCGGGCAGAUCUUGAUUCGGAUACCUGGCAUUUACUAGAAGAAUACGAAGUACCGCAAAAGUGCCCAACACUUGUUAUUAACUUAACAAGACAAAUGGACUCCAUGGAAAUAUACUGUGACAUGACUUCGAAAUUGAAUAUUGGAAAUAGUAGUAAAGAAGUCGUACCAGUCUGUGAUAAGGUAAUGUGGUAUAAAAUUGGAAAUGGGUUGAAAGGAUUCAAAGAUGUUUUAAUAAAAGGAAAAUCUGUUUGGGAUUACGCGCAAGGUCGCUAAUGUAGCUAAUCCUUGGUUAA